CAAUUUUACCAACUCUAAAUAAGAAACAUAUUUAUAAAUCUUGCUCAGAAAGAAACAAAGAACAAGUGCAAGAUUUAAAAAAUGGCACGGUUGCGCAUGUUGAUGAAAAAUCCUUUCAUUCAAAAGUAGCAAUCCGAAACCAAGAAACUUAUCUGAAUAAUAAGGAUACAAUGCAUUUUAAUUCUUUCAACCCAAAGGAUAAGCCUGCGAGCAGUAAAAAAAUUAUAGAAUGGUCAUUGAAACCAACUUUAGUACGGCCAUUUCGGCUCUUUUUCGCUGAGGAAAUCAUUGCUUCCUUUUUUACUGGAUUCAAUCGCCACUUAUAUCAGAUUGGAAUAGCCUAUCAAAAUAAUACUAAACAAUUUAUAAAACAAAAAAUAUCAAAAGAAGCCCAUAACAAUACUUUUAACGUUAAAGUAUCAAAUAAAUCCCAACUCCCAACCUUCACCACUGAAUAUGAACAUAGAAACCAGAUUAGCGAUAUUUCUAAAUUUCCAAAAAUUUAUUCUAAGAUGAAUGCUUAUCGUAAUAUUCUCAGGCCCGCUUUGACGAGAAGAAUAGAUUUUGGUAACACAUUUCAUAAUGUCCCAUUGAAUAAAAUUUUACUACCAAGCACAUCUUUCGAUUCUGAAGAUCAAUCCAAUAAAAUAAGUGUAGACAGAAAAGUUAAUGUUGAAAAGGUUGAUCCGAUAGAUGCACCUUCAGAAAACAUUAAGGUUCAAUACGAAAACUUAGAUUAUAACAAUGAAACUGAUCCAGAUGAGCAAAUUUACAAUAGAAUCCUCGAAAUUCAGCAAGAUAUAGAUAUAGCGAGAGAUAAAAUAAAAGGAGAAUAUAAUGACCUCAAUAUUUUUUAUUCCAAUAUGCACAAUGAAGUCGCUAACUUAUUGGAAGAAAUUAUUACUGAAAAUACAAAAUUAAAUGUUCGAUUAUUUGGACCAACUGCUUAUGAAAUCGGUGUAAAAGAAGUUCCUUACUCACGAAAAAAUAGAAUAAAAUUUCCAGGUUCUUGCACUGCCUGUUGCAGCCGCAAUGUUCAAACACAAAACACGAUUUCUAGUACGCCUACAGCAGGAGCCUAA